AUGGAGGGCUGGGAAAAACAUGACCUCACAACCUAUCCGAACAGAAUACUGAAUAAAGUGGGAGGUUCGGAGAUCCGAGACACCCAGCACUCUGAUGUGACCGACUCGCAGGGGACGGAGCAGUUGAGAAUCGCUAAUCGAUCCAAGUGUGGAGAGAUGCACCACCAAAACCAUCAAUGUUCUCUCUCAGACAAACAGCGUAUCUGCUGUCAUCGUUUGAGGGGACAUCAUGGAGGAUUUGAAUACGAUUCAUCUAGGCAGCAACAGAAGGAGGACAGCAAUGUCCCGGUGGCGCAAGAAUAUCCGACUGUGUCCUGUUACACAGGAGACAGUGAGCUCACCCGCACGUACAUUCAGGACGAGAGUGAUUCCUGCUUGAGUGAUUCUGGGAGUGAUUUUGAAGAAAUGUGCCACCGGGAUGAUGUCCACGAUGUCCAGAUGGAUCCAUGCCUCCAAACCUGUGAUGGCAGAGAACACAACCCUGACGUGUCUCAUCCUCAAACCAGGCGAAGAAUGAAUGAAGAGCCAGAACACACUCUACGUGAAGACACUUUAUGCCCAUGCAGUGCUGAACAUUCAAGAUGGAGUAGCAACCAAUGGCCAACUGUACCUCCGCCGUGUUGUAAUGUGAGGAACGCACUGGUGGUGGGUGUCGAAGUUGAUGUUCUAGAAGAGGUGGUCUACGAGGACACGGAAAUUGUUCAAACACAAACCAUGUUUGAUGGAUGCCUGGGGGAUCAGAUGAUGGACUCCACCUCAUGUUAUUGUGAGCAGUUGUUUUUCAUGUGACUGUAACAAAUUACAUUGGUAUUCCUUACAUAAGUGUACGUUAUCAUAUUACUACAUUAUAGGAUUAUUAUUAAUGACCGGUUUAUUCUUGUCAUCUCUGUAUGUUUAUAAUGUCUGCAAUGUUAGGAUUUCUGGUUGCUUCGUAUUUAGCAGCGUUAUAAUAAGAGUGGCUCUUAUUACAUUUACACAACUGAAGCAUUGAUUAAUGUAAUUUAGCUUUUGACAAAUCAUAAAAACUUUCAUGAAUAAAAAAACAAAAAGGAAAUUUAUUCGGUCUGAGUUGAAUUAAAAAACAGACAACAGGGAUGAUAAUAAUAAUAAUAAUAAUGAAGUUGAUAAUUGCAUGCUUUGUAUAGUAAAUAUACUGUACAUCAGUUUUUAAAGUUAUUUUGAUAGUUCAAUUCCAAGAACGGCCAGAAACAGCUUUUAUUUCCGGUUAAUCCUUCAUUGCUCUGUAUUUCGAUUGGAUUCUGCCUUAUUUUGUAAUUUUGAGUAAAAGUGUCUGCUAAAUGAAUAAACAUAAAUGCACACUAAAUUAUACUGUCAUUGUACGAGAAGGUUGACUUCAUUUUAACAAAGGCUAGUCGAUGCUAAGUGUAAUUACAGUGUAAUAUUAGCAGUAUGGAGUCUUUAACUGGUUAUUUAUUAACAUAUCUGAGGUAAAUGUCAAUAUUCCCAAUGCUUCUAUCUUGUUUCCACCGACUCUUUUCGUCAACAUCCUCAACUAGCUCUGUGCCCUGUUCCUUAUUACCGUGACCACUUGGAAAGUGAGCAUAUUAUGUGUUUUGGACGAUCAGAAAUGACUUAUUACAUGACAAAAUAAUAGUGCGUGAUGUGAGGAAUCAAAGUUCUACAUAGACACUGACCUAUUACCAGGAA